AUGACUCUGGGACUGAGAAGACACACCGCAGGCAACAGAUCGUCUGUCGAGGGCGACCGUCCAGACACAACCGCUGACGAUGAGACGGUCGUUGACCAGGACCAGGGCAAUGUCCUGUCACACAUCAUCAGCCAGCUGCGACCAGGCGCCGACUUGAGCAGAGUGACACUGCCUACCUUUAUUCUCGAGCCGCGAUCUAUGCUCGAGAGAAUCACAAACUUCAUGGCACAUCCUGAGGUUCUUCUUACUCUGCCCACCAUCGAUGACCCCGUCGAGCGCUUCGUCGCCGUUACCAAGUUCUAUCUCAGUGGAUGGCAUAUCAAACCUCCCGGUGUCAAGAAGCCUCUCAACCCCAUUCUCGGCGAGACCUUUACCGGCUACUGGGACUACCCAGACAACACACGUGGAUACUACAUCUCCGAACAGACUUCUCACCACCCUCCCAAGUCGAGCUACUUCUUCAUGGCUCCCGAGCACCACAUCCGCGUCGACGGUACCCUCAAACCACGCAGCAGAUUCUUGGGCAACUCAGUCGGCAGCUUCAUGGAGGGCAUUGCAGUCAUGCGUCUCUUGAACCGCAAGGAGCGAUACUUCAUUACACAGCCCAACAUGUAUGCAAGAGGUAUCUUGUUCGGCAAGAUGAAGUACGAGCUUGGUGACCACGCCUACGUCCGCUGUCCUGAACUGGGCCUGGAAGCUGAGAUUGACUUCAAGGUCAAGGGUUGGAUGACCGGAACAUACAACGCUAUUGGCGGUCAUAUUAAGGACACCAAGAGUGGAAAGAAUCUGUUCGAGUUCAGCGGUUACUGGGACAAGGAGAUGUACAUUAAGAAUUUGACGACCGGUAAGAAGGAGCUCAUUUUCGAUGCCACUCACGCAAAACCUUCGUACCCCAAGGCCCGUCCUCUCGAAGAGCAAGGAGACCGUGAAUCGCAAAGACUAUGGGACAAGGUCACAAAGGCCAUCAAGGUUGCCGAUCAGAGGACUGCCACCGACGAGAAGUCUGCCAUCGAAGACCGCCAGCGUGCAGAGGCUGCAGAACGUGGAGAGUCGGAAUGGCAGCCCAAGCUGUUCCGUAGAACAAGAGCUGGCGCAAGUCAGGGCCCGGGAGACCUUGACGGCGAGGAGAACCUCGACUGGGUUAUCGAUGCUACCAUCGACGGCAAAACUCCCGACGAGAUUGUAAAGCAGGUCCUCGCCAUCGCACCUAUUCUACCGGGUCAGAAAGCCCAAGCCAAGUCACAGCCUCAACCUCAGGCACAACCUAGACAAGAGGCUGCUCCGGCCGCUGCGCCGCAACCACAACAAUCCCAGCAAGCUCAGCCAGCCCAGAAGACGCAGACACCCCAGCAAUACCAACCUGCUCCGUCAUCGGGAUCCAGCAAUCUUGUCGAUUUUGGUCAUGCAGGUGGUGUUGCACCCAGUCAACCAACCGAACAAAAGCCUUCGCCUCUGAACACCAUGGGCGACCUCAAGGAACCACUGCAACCCGUCAUUCACCGUCAAGAUAGCGUCGAAGGAUUUGACGAGGAGUUCCACGAUGCCGACUCAUAG